AUGGAGCAGUACGAUGUGGUUGUGGUAGGGGCAGGAGUGUGCGGCCUCAGCGCCGCCCACACCUUCUUGACCAUCGACCCCGACUUAUCCCUCCUAGUCGUCGAUCCCAAGUCAACCAUUGGCGGAGUCUGGUCGAAAGAGCAACUCUACCCCGGCCUUCGCACCAACAGUGUGCAAGGCUACUUCGAGUUCUCCGACUAUCCUGUCCUAGCGGCGGAUGUUGGCGUGAAACGUCGUGCCCACAUCUCUGGGAAUCAGAUGCAUGCUUACUUGGAGAACUUUGCAAAGCACUUUGACCUUAACAGACACAUCCGCCUUUGCACCGAGAUCAUACGCGCUCGGGAAGAUGGCGCCGAGAAUGGCGAUGCGGGCUGGACACUGGACUGUGAGAGCUCGAAUCCAGGAGAUGGCGAGAGCAUGAGCACAAUCAGGUGCAAGAAACUGUUCAAGGGACCGGUUGUGCACACCUUUGACCUCGGACGUGCCGCUCCCGGCAUCGUUGACGACGAGAACGUCAAGAACGUCGUCGUCAUCGGAGGCGCGAAAUCUGCUCACGACGCGGUGUACAUUUUCGCGAGCGCGGGCAAACACGUCGACUGGAUACUACCAAGUCGCGGUGCGGUGCCCAUGGCAAAGCCGUCUUCCAAGCUGGGCUCGUGGACAAUCUUUGUCGAAGCGGUACUCAUGUUUCGUCCCAUCACGUGGCUUGGACCGGCCCCUUGGAGCGUCGGUGAUGGCUUUGGCUGGAUCAGACGCUUCCUCCAUGGCACCUCGCUUGGGAAUCGCCUCGUCAAAGGCUACUGGGAGACCACCGGCGGCCAGGCUCUUCAGGAAUCGGGCAUCAUGGACAACCAAAAGGCCCAGGUUCUGCUACCUCGCGAUACGCCAAUGUUCUACGGCACGCAGGUCAGCGCCCUCAACUAUGACACCAACUUUUACGAUCUGUUGAACGAGAACAAAGUAUCAGUGGCCACGGGAAAGAUUGACUACAUUGAUGGCAGUCGGAUUCACAUGGACAGCGGCGAUGUUCUGAACACCGACGCCAUCAUCCUUGCAACGGGCUACAAUCACAGCACAGGCAUUCCCUUGGAGCCGGCAUCCAAAAACCUCAGUCGAGGCUGUCCAAUUGACCUAUCAGAGCACCAAGACAACAUCUACCCCGACCUCGACGCCAAAUCAGACCGGCAAAUCGUCUCUCAGUUCCCUCUAAUGCUCCACGCUCCAUCCAAACCGGAACGCACCCCGUCAUUGACUCCCUGGCGCUUAUGGCGCUUUCUCGCCCCACCAUCACAAAUCAACAACAGCGCCAAAGGGCGCAACCUAGUCUUCCUCAACGCCGUCGCCAGCUUCCAGACCGUCAUCAAAUGCGAAGUGACGUCUCUCUGGGCCUACGCAUACCUGCACGACCGCCUCGCGAUCCCCACUCCAACGGAGAGCGAUGCAAGGCGCGAGAUAUCGCUUUGGACACGGUUUGGCAAAUUCCGCGCCGCGCUGGGCAUGCAGGGCAAGCAGGCGGACCUCUUGCUCGACGGCCUGCCGUAUUACGACCUCUUGCUGAGGGAUCUGGGGCUGAGGAGUUGGAGGAAGGGGUGGGGGUGGAUUGGAGAGGUGUUUUGGGGCGCGUAUUCCGCGCAGGACUAUCGGGGUAUUGUUGGGGAGUGGAUGGCGAUGCAGAAGGGGUUGGGCGGGAAAGAGAAGACGUUGUAG